UUAGGUGCAUCGACUGCAUCGAUGUCGUCGGUUUGUCAACGCAUUCGGCCGUUUAACGAACGUGACCGUAGUUAAGGUCCAAUGGUUUUAGGUCAGUAAUUAGUAACACGUUUGCGGUGCGUAUUUAUUAGAUGGUUGACUUUGGUUUCUACAUUCAGUGUGGCACUGGUGUGAUCAUCGGGCAGAUUCUCGCGAUCGUUCGUUUGCAGUGCACAAUCGGCGCGCAUUUCUCCCGCAGUUUAAACCUCUCUAGUCCCCGCGCCAAUAAGUAUAAUAAUCGUUGUCGUUCUUUUUCACGAGCAGGUAUAUUACAGUUAAAUAUGAUUUUAUCGAAAAUAAUAGCAUGCGUCGUCAUAUCAUUGCUGUCUUCCACGGUCGUUCAGUCAAACCGAGAUUUUGCUCAUCGUUUGACAACUAUUGAAGACUUAGCAACACGCGACAACGUUAUAAACGUGCCGGUAGCUUUGCCUACUGGUUACGUUGUGAAUCGACCGUCUCAAAAUAUAGCUGCUGCAGGAGAUCGAGUGGACGUUAACAAAGAACCAAGCAAAGAAGUUUCAGAAACUGAUAUGUAUUUACUAGGAGCUAUAGAAAAAUUGGUACAUAGAAUGGAUUUAAUGGAAAAACGGUUAAAACGAUCAGAAGAACUUAUUCAACACAUUGUAGAAGGAAACGCAGCCAACAGAGAAGAUCCUUGUCCAGGCAAUUUCACGCGUAUCGCACAUGCUUGUUAUCACUUUAGUGAAAGACAGUAUAACUGGAAGUCAGCUAUGUCGAUGUGCAAGAGUCUGGGAGGAAAUCUGUUAGAGUUCGACAACAAAGACGAACAGAUUGACGUGCUGACGUACCUUAUCGGUGACAAGUAUUUAAGAGGUUACGACUAUUGGACGGGCGGCCUAAACCCGGGAUUGCUUUGGAUAUGGGCUAACAGCGCGCGGCCCGUGGUGCCCAAGGAUUCAACGAGGCCCGAGGAUCAGAUCAGCGGGUCCGGUCGGUGUUUGCGCCUCAACCCCAACGCGGCAACCAAGGUGUACUCGUACCAUGGCGCCGAGUGCAGUAACCGGCACCGGUACGUGUGCAAGCACGAGGAGAACGCUACGGAAAAAGCGCUGACCAGGAUACAUAAAGCGCUUAAGGACGGCAGCCAGCAAUCGAAACCAACGAUGGUGUUCGGGUCAUCGCCACUGAUUGCGGCCACCGUAUAACCGUAUACACUACUUAUAUAAACUAAAUAUAGUAAUAUAUUGUACAUUAUGUGAUAACACUGAUAACUGAUAAGUACCUAAUCCACGCAUUACCUAUAUGUAUAUAAAUAGAUAAUUGUGAAGUCCUACGAAAAAAUUCAAACGUACGCGAAAUUCGCGAACGGUUAUGAAAUGUAAUCGUAUAAAAAGCGAGAUUUGUAUAAUAUAAUAAGUAUUAUAAGUUUUUUUUUUUAUUUAUAAUUUAUAAUAUUUAAAUUUCUGAAGACCUCUUCUCAACGUAAGUACUCCUUAUAUUUUACGUAUUAUGUCAUAUUUAUAUUUAUUACACGUUCGACGGAAUAUUAUAAUAAAAUAUCUGCGGUUUUUUUUUAA